CCUUUACAUAGUCAUCUCUACAACAGAGGUCUACUAGGUGGCCGACACUCAGACAUUACUGUUCAUGUCUUUGGCUACCCCUACAAGCUUCACCGCCUUCUUCUCGAUCAAGCGACCUUCUUCGCCUCUGCACUGUCUGGACCAUGGCUCGAGAGCAAGGCAAGCGACAUUACAUUACAUCCAGAGGACAUCGACACCAACAUCACUCAAGUCUCCUUUGAGCUGGCCUUAAAGCGUCUGUAUGGAGCCAACAUUCCCGAGGAAGAAGAUGCCGAAGCGGUCAGCUUAUUUGCUACUGCUUGCUGGUUGGAGAUGCCGGAUCUUAUCGACUCGAGCAUUGAGUCUAUGCUCCGACAAAUGUCGACUGCUACUCUGGCACCACUGAUCAAGUUGGUCACUAGCAACUACUAUGGCCGCUCUGGAGACAAGAUCCUUGCAUCAGCUAAAGCUAUGCUUUGUCGAGAUGGUUGGAAGAUGCCGACCAAGUUCUGGGAUAGUAUCCCUGGUGACAUCAUUCGUGAAAUUGUCGGAGGUGAUGGCUUCUUCAUCAAUGGCGAAUGGGAUCGGUGGGUGCUUGCGAAGCGACUCCUAGACCGUAAUCUCAAAGCACUUGCUAUCGAGGCUGGACUGGUCGAUCCUGUCUCCUGGUCGAAAGUGCGAAAGGCGCCGGAGACUGCCAAUCUCAUGGCUGUACGCUUUGACUCGGUCUACCGCAAGAACGCUAUGGCAACUGGUGCAGCUCCCGAUGGCCUGCAUCGAUGGAUCAGCCUCUAUACCCAUCCAGAUAUUGAGCCUUUGCUUGUACUCCUGGACGAGGGCAUACACUACAUCCAUCUUGACUUCGAGCAGUUGCAGUAUAUCCGAAGAGCCCGUGAUAUUCUUGGCUUACCCAUGAUGCCCGACAAAGUCAUCUCUAAUGCUCUCUGGAUGCAGAUGGAACUGCGUCAAAAGGUCCUGAAUGCCAAAGAUGCUGAGAUGGAACUUGGCUUGAGCGAAGGCAUUGUUGAAAGCCCUGUUCUCACAACAGCCUCAUUGGCGGGCUCUUCGACCAAAGGCAAACAAAAGGUGGGAAGCUCUGAUGAGAUUGAAGAAUUCGAUGAUGAAGACAUCGCUUCGAAUUCUUGGGAUGGCAAUGGCAAGCCUCGGAAGUUCUGGAUCCCAUCAGCAGACUGUAACAUCGUUAUGGGAGGAGCGACCGAUCCUGCAAUGAUGUCUGCUGCGAGCGCACAAUCGAAUCGUUUGUCCGCCACGAUCCAGCCUGAAGACGUACAAUGGGCUUCAGACUUUGCUGCCAAUCCAUCAGACACUCGAUCCGUUCCCCAAAUUAUCCGGCCUGACUCUGCUGCAGACUCGAAUACAUCCGAGUUGCGUCCCGUCAGCUACUCUUACUUCCCACCAUUCAGAUUUGCCGUCGAGUUUCCGAGUCCCCGGUUGCUCAAAGAAAAGAAGCGAGUGUACAGUCGUACUAUAUUCUACUCGGGAUCGUGGUGGAAUUUGUAUAUCCAAAAAGUUCGUAGGGGUAAGAACCCUCAGCUUGGAGUCUACCUCCAUCGUGCGAAAGAGCGAGAGACAGAUGAGACUUUGGCUGCUGGUGGACAAACUGUACCGAACACGCGCGUAGACGAGCGGAUCGGACACCUUGAGCGGGAGAUGAUUCUGCGUGCUGAUCGCAGGGCCGAAGAACGAAGACGUCUACUAGCUCGAAGACGCAGCGGCGAUGUCGCAGACCCAGACAACGCCGAUAGCAGUGGCGAUACCGAUCCUGACGGGGGACCUGCUGGCGCUGCAACAACACCAAGAUCACGAGGACUUGGCGGUUACCGCAAAAGCAGCGAGUUGGAUGUCUUGUCCAACUUCCCGACCAAGCCCGCAUACUACGACGAGCAAGACUCUGACUUUGAGGACGAGGAUCCAGAGAUUGCAAAGCUCACACGCAGCGUUCGUGUCCCAACACUACCGCCAUAUGUCGACAGCAGACCCACGAUCAAAACCUAUUUCAAGAUAUACUCGCCUAGCAAAGGGGGUCGUAUGUUGAGCGUGUACGAGAGCGCACCGGAUACAUUCAAUUUCAGUCAAAGCUGGGGAUGGAAGAGCAGUACGUUGAUGCUUGAUGAUGGUAUGCUUGGCGAUGAGGUCAACCCUGAAGCUGAGAUUCCAGUAAGGGAUGCAAACAAGUUACGAUUUAUGAUUGUCAUUGGUAAUGUUUGA